UCUCUCUAAUCUCUUCCGCUAUCACAAACACUAAUUGAGUUGAAAUGAAGAAAUUUGUUAAAGUGGUUGAGACGAAUGAAGAGGUAAAGGUAAACAACAAUUCUUAUAUUCCUGAUGAUUUUUCCUUCUCUAUUUUAUCAAAACUACCUCUUAAAUCUUUGAAGCGUUUUGGAUGCGUAAGCAAAUCAUGGUCCCUAUUAUUUGAAAACCCUCAUUUCAUGAAUAUGCUGCGCAACCAUUUCUUAUCUAAUAAUCAUCGUUCCAAUUACGGUGUUACAUUACUCUUAUUAUAUGACAAUGAUCUACCUGUUCAUUACACGCUAUAUUUGCUCUCCGAUGACAGAUUUGAGAAUAGGGUCAAAUUAGAUUUGCCACCUCCAAUUCAAGAGGUGGUUAGUACUCUUUAUAUUUUAAGUUCAACUAGUAUUAAUGGCAUUCUCUGUCUCGGGAAUCUGAGGAGUAGAGGAAUGGUAAGUAUCUUUCGAGCUGUAUUAUGGAACCCGGCUACUGCGGAAUACAUGUUCAUUCCUCCCAGCCCUGACGAGGAUGUACCUCCUUAUCGAGAUCCUGUUUGUCUGUUUGAUGGAUUUGGUUAUGACCAUGUUAGAGAUGACUAUAAGCUGAUUAGAUAUAUUAUAUUUUUUGAUCUAACCGAUGAUGAUGAAGAUGUGCCCUGGGAAGAUAGAUCUUAUGACCCCUUGUUGGAGAUAUAUAGUCUUAGAAAUAACUCUUGGAGGAUACUUGAUAUUGAUAUGCGUGAUAUUGCUCAUUGUGCAUAUGAUCAACCACAAGAUGGUGCAGCAGUGUACAUGGAUGGAGUGUGUCAUUGGUGGGCUAACAAUGAUUUAUUUAAUUUAACAGGCAUUUUGGUGUCAUAUGACUUCAGCAACGAGGUGUUGUUUACAACACCUAUGUUGUUAGACAUGGUUGAAAGUUGUGAUUUUAUCGUAAAUAGACGCUUGGUGGUGUUAAAUGAGUCAAUUGCUUUGAUAUCAAAUUAUUCCAAACCUACAACUUUUCACAUUUCAAUUUUGGGUGAACUCGGUGUGAAGGAAUCAUGGAUCAAACUCUUUAUUGUUGGACCCGUACCUUCCAUUAAGUGUCCCAUUGGAUUCGGGAAAAAGGGCAUUUGCUUCAAACAAAAUAAUGAUGAACUAGUUUGGAUUGAUAUAAACACCCAGAUAAUUGAUGAGAUAGGUGUCAGAGCGGAAGGAUAUUCUUUUCCGAUGGGAAUUUACAAAGAAAGUCUUCUUUCAAUUGGAGGAAUAAAUAAUUAGUUGUCUUUCAUGUUUUUCCCUAGGAAUCAUAUGACGAUGGUUAUUAGGAUUUCCAGCUUGUAUGCAAAGUGUUUUGUCAAGUGUCUAUAGUAUUCAGUUUCUAUAUUCUUUUCUUAUGGUUCAAAAUUUCUAUUAGAGUUGUGAAACUUUAAUGCAGAGAAACUUGGCAAUAGUACAAGGAGUGAUUUUAAUUUCAUGUUAAUUUUUUGUUUCCAAAUAGUAAGUAAGGAUAUGUGUUUACUUAUUUGCUUAUUCAUUUUCUUUUCCCACCCGGUUUCUCUA